UGCCAGCUUUGCAACCACUCCAGCAAGUUCGGACCAAAACUUUCGCAAGAUUCAACAAGUAGUUUUCUGCCCUGCUACUGGUGCUCAUUUGGUGCCUCAACUUGAAAAUCAUCAAACCUCACGCCGUUCACGAGCUGGACAGCUGGAGAGUCGAGGACCUUACAUUUCUUACACCAUACUAGUAGAAAGUCUGCUGGAGUGAGAAUAAUUUUCAGGGCUAAAAACAAACAGAGGAUUGUUUUUAAAAACUUGGCUUUCACCUGUCGUCCAUGAAAUUGUUAAACACCUAAAACCUAAAGGUACAUAGGCAAUGGGCAAACAAAAUCUUUUUCAAACACCGCUCUCGGCAUUAAAACCAUCAACUCAAGAGCAACUAGGGUUGGUGCUAGACUCGAGGAAAGUCAUCCGCUCCAAAGAUGGAUACCUGAGGGAUUGGAGAGGACUAGCUGAAAAGGUCGGGCUGACCGCAACUCAACAAAACGCAUUGAAUGCAAAAACACAGUGCCAUUUUACAGCGGAAGUGCUGAAAUAUUGGCAGGCGCUGAGUGAUCCAAAGUUGCCUCCUAAUGUUGGCACUCUGCAAGAGGUGCUUAAAGAACUGGAUCGUUGGGAUGUUCACGAUGACCUCACGCCAGUCUUUGAACUGGACGCAGAAAAUUUUGCCUGUCGAACAGCAGAUGCUCUGCCAUUCGGUAGCGAGAAAGGUGCACUCACUGUCGAUGACACCUAUCUCUUAGAGAAAGGUCUUCCUCCACAACAGUACGAUGUCAUGCUGCUAUACGCAGACCAAGACAUCCACAGAGCCAAAGAAAUUAUUGAAAAUUUGGAAGAAAGACACAUCAGAGUUUUUGACAAAAAUCGAGACCUCAUUCCUGGCGUAUUCGAAUUUGACGCUGUUCUUGAACUUAUUGCAAACAGAUGUAACAAGAUUGUGGUCAUUUUCUCUGAUCACUUAUUUCAAAAUGACAAAGUGAAUAAUUUCCAUGUGUCGUAUGCACAGUUAGUUGGGAUAGAAACAAAUAUGAGGAAAAUGAUACCAGUGACAUUCGGGUCCUGUUCUGUGCCCAGCAAACUGAAUUUUAACUUCCGAUUGGACUAUGAGAAAUCAAAAUUGUUUGGAAACUUUUUUGAUAAGCUCUACGAUUCUGUUCGACCUGGCCACAUGCCUCCCUCUACCCAGUUAAAAUUGAGAAAUAUUCCUGUCCAAGCUGCAAGUGAUAAGCCCCAUGAUCAACCAGAUGUCUCUCCAACCGACUCUGCUUAUUUGAGCGAAACGGUUCUUUCAGAGACCUCAGAAGCAGUAAACAAAGUGCGCCAGAAAAGUAAAAUUAAAAUCCCAAAGUUUUUCAGAAAGAAAAAGAAGGUUGCCGAGCCUCUGCUUGCAUGAUUAAAGAUAGUGGAAUUUAUGUGAUAUAGAUAAUAAGUUUUUAAUCAGACAAAAAGAUUUGCACAUAAAACAAAAUUUUAAGAUGACAAUUGAACAAUAAAAAAAACUCAC